AUGCCCAAGUUCCUUGAGAACGGUAUAGACUGGCACGGUCUGCUGGAGGAUAUGUGCAGAAUGACACGCGAGAGUACGAUGUGGAGGGCCCGUGGUAUCGCGGCAAGGCCGGAGGUUAGGAUUGGAUUGCGGCUUGUAAAUUGCCACAUUGGACGGGGCCAGUGGAUUGAAAAGGAGGCGCAUGAUUCCAUCUACGGUGAGGGGAAACAUCCCUUGAUUGACGAUAGCCCUGGUAGUAUCCCGUAUGGAGUUGGAAUUCUGAAGGAUGCAUUUGAACCUAAUUUUGAACGCCUGAAUGUGAACCGGAACAAUUUGAUUGAGAUGAGCAUUGCCAAGGUAGCCUAA